UUUUAGUGAUGAUAUAUCUAGAUGGCAGACAUUUUAAGUGUUCAUAUUUUGUUUGGGGACAGGAGUUGAGCAGGAGGAAAUCUGUUAAUGCAAUCAAACACACACCAUUAAAGUAUUCAGUAACUUCCCUCAAGACUAUCCCAGAAUUACGCAGGAAGUGUGAUUCACAAAAUGAAGACAGAACAGUUUCAAGCACCAACUGGAGUUCAGGAGUUUCAACACUCCUUGGAAAUGCACAAAAACCAACAGGCAUUGCAGACAUGUACAAUAAGUUCAGACCAGUGAAGAGGGUUUCCCCACUUAAGCACCAGCCAGAAAGCUCUGAAAAUAAUGAAAGUGAUGACCAAAAGAACCAGAAGAUGGAGUACAAGAAAGGCAGUGAUUCUCCCACCAUGGCUCAGAAUAGUGAUCAGACUCCAGGUAAUGGAGAGAGCCUUAAAACCAAAUGUGUUGAACCUGGAGUUUUGCUUGGUGAACUGGAGCACUAUGACCUGGACAUGGAUGAAAUUUUGGAUGUGCCUUAUAUUAAAUCAAGCCAGCAGCUUGCUGCUUUUACCAAGGCAGCUCCAGAGAAACGAAUUUUGAGUGUGUACUCCACGCUGAAUGGUCUUAGUGGCAAGUCGUGCCCUGCUGGAAACACAGAGAAGGCACCAACAGGAACGACACAGUUCUGUGUUCUCUCUCCUGUGAAAAGCUCUCAGCUGAGAAAAGCGCAGCCCAUCGUCUCUGAUCAGCAAAAGCAUUUAGCUGAAGAAUUAGAGUUUCCCCAGCCGCUAGUCAAAUGUAGUUCAGCUCAUGAACCUGAAGCCCAGACCAAGGGCUUGCAAAACAGGACGUUUGCCGAUAAAAUGGAGAAGACUGUGUCCCACUGUCAGUUAAGGACUUUUCAUCUGCAGGCAGUAGUGACAGAAAGCAAACAUGAUGAACUGAACAGCAACAUGAACUGGAGCAGCUCUCUCGGUCCAGAAGAGAGGAAUGAGGAUGCGAAAAAAAAUAAGAGCAUCUUAAAUAUUGUUAAAGAAGGGCAGAUCUCAUUGCUGCCCCACCUUGCAGCAGAUAAUCUGGACAAAAUUCAUGAUGAAAAUGGCAACAAUCUUUUGCAUGUUGCAGCAUCACAAGGACAUGCAGAAUGCCUCCAACAUCUUACAUCUCUGAUGGGCGAAGACUGCUUGAACGAGCGGAACAAUGAACAACUAACUCCAGUUGGCUUAGCAAUAAAGAAUGGUCAACUAGAGUGUGUGCGGUGGAUGGUGAGUGAAACAGAAGCCAUUGCAGAACUGAGUUGCUCAAAAGAUCACCCAAGCCUUAUUCACUAUGCAGGUUGCUACGGGCAGGAGAAAAUCCUUCUGUGGCUUCUUCAGUUUAUGCAAGAACAAGGAAUUUCUUUGGAUGAAGUUGAUCAGGAUGGUAAUAGCGCUGUCCAUGUAGCUGCCCAGCAUGGGUAUCUGGGUUGUAUACAGACUCUAGUGGAAUAUGGAGCAAAUGUCACUAUGCAAAACCAUGCUGGAGAGAAGCCUUCCCAAAGUGCUGAGCGGCAUGGACAUACGAUGUGUUCACGUUACUUGGUUGUAGUGGAGACAUGCAUGUCAUUGGCAUCCCAGGUUGUGAAGUUAACAAAGCAACUGAAAGAGCAGACAGUAGAACGUGUGACAUUACAGAACCAACUCCAGCAGCUUCUAGAAAGUCAGAGAUCAGAGGGCAACUCGCUGGCAACAUCCCCAAGUUCGCCAUCAUCACCCACUUCUGGCAAACCUCAGUGGAAACCAUCUGAUACAGAUGACUCGACUCUACCCAAAAGUAAAUUGAACACCCAUGAUGGGAUUCAGAUUCUUGGCAGUGCGGGAACUCCACACCACAACCGGCCCAAGAUGAAAGACGAGGACUCUGAUAAAAUCCUGCGGCAGCUGCUGGGGAAAGAAAUCUCUGAGAAUGUCUGCAUGCAGGAAAAGCUGUCGUUAGAAUUUCAGGAUGUUCAUGCCUCCAAGAACGUAAAGAAGAUCCCCCUGGAGAAGAAGGAGUUGAAGUUAGCAAGGCUGAAGCAUCUAAUGCAGCGAUCCCUCAGUGAGUCUGAUACAGAUUCAAAUAAUUCUGAAGACCAGAAGAACACCCCUGUGAAAAGAAUGGAUAAGCCAAGGCCACAGCCCAUUGUGGAAAAUGUUGAAAACACUGAGAAUUUGCACCUAAUGAUUAAGAGGCACACUUUGGCAUCGGGGCGCAGGUUCCCUUUUGGAAUGAAAGCUUCAAAAUCCGUGGAUGAUGGCCACAGCCCUUCUCCCACUUCUGAAAGUAGUGAUCCUGACAACGAAUCCCAGUAUCAGGCUGGGACUGUAUCUCAGAGCCAGGUUUUGGGUGAUAACUGUCAGUCUGGCCCUGAUGCCCACAAAGUCGCCACGAGUCCCAAGAGCGCGCUCAAAUCUCCAUCUUCAAAGCGCAGAACUGCCCAGAAUUUAAAACUCAGAGUGACUUUUGAGGAGCCCGUGGUACAGGUGGAGCAAACAGAGGUUGGUUUAAAUGGGGAAAGGGACAAAGAGCGGAGCAAGGUGCUUCAGCGACCUCCUCCCAGUGCUGAAACUGGGGACCAGCAGAAGCGACCGUUUGGAACAUUUCGAUCCAUAAUGGAGACGCUGAGUGGCAACCAGAACAAUAAUAAUAACUAUCAAACAAGCCUAAGCAAGACCUCAUCACCCUUUACCUCAUUAGGAAGGAAAGCCACAGAUAGCAAGGGAAAUUCAGCAACUUCUACAAAAGGAAAAAAUAAACCAGCUCCUCACUCCAGCUGCAUCAGUUUUUCCACUAGCAUGCUGAUUGAAGACCGCCUGUGUAACUAUGCAUGGCAUAACAACACAAACAGGCAAGUCCUGCAGUCUUACAGCAAAAAUUGUUCUGAAGAACCAGAGUUGCAAGAAUUCUUCCUUUGACUCAUAUCUCACGGGGUCUCACAGUCUUCCUCCAAACAUGGCCUGAAAUCUUCCGACUUGAAAACUUAACUAUAUGAUAUGUAACUUUCACCAGCAGAAUAACUUAGGUUGCCUUAAAUUUGUAGCAGCUAGACCAUAUACAAAAAUAAUAAUAUAUGUGUCUACGUCACUUGUUUGUAAAGUGUACUGUUUUAAGGCAUAGGUGAACAAAAGCCAUGGUUUGGAAACAUAGCAAUGCAAGGAGCCUCCAAAACGUUCAUAUGACCACCAUUUUGUACAUUACCUGUUGCAUGGAUAUAAUGUAACAUGUCUUGUAUCUCCCUUUCUCAAAACCUGUGUCUGUAAAAAAUCAAAAAUGACUUUGUUUGCCCAGAUUCUCAUGGAGCCCAAGGCAAGGGCUUACCACCCUCUCCUUGAUCAACUAUGUUUUGUUGCUAUUUCUAAUUUUUUGUAUAAAAGAAAAUAAACCAGUGUUAACCAAAACAC